UCCCCCCCUGACCAGCGCAACAUCCCGGAAGCAAGCGAGGCGCGGGCGGUAGCUACGACACACAAGAGGCGGCCGGGGUUGAUUGCGCGGUUGCCGCGCGCCGCCGAGCGUGCGCCGCGGCGCGGGAGGGAGGUCGGGAGCUCGGGUGCUGCCGCCGCGAGCAAUGGCGACUUACGUGAGCGAGCUGGAGGCGGCCAAGAAGAACCUGAGCGAGGCGCUGGGCGAGAACGUGAAGCAAUACUGGGCAAACUUGAAACUUUGGUUUAAGCAAAAGAUCAGCAAAGAAGAGUUUGACCUAGAAGCUCGCAGACUUCUUACGCAAGAUAAUGUCCAUUCUCACAAUGACUUCCUCUUGGCUAUUCUGACCCGAUGCCAAAUCAUGGUUUCUGCACCAGAAGGUACUGGAUCUUUGCCAUGGACUGGGGGUUCUGUGACAAAACCUGGAAAACCAAAAGGAAAGAAGAAGAUGUCUUCUGUUCGGCAGAAGUUUGAUCACCGGUUUCAACCUCAGAACCCAUUGUCUGGGGCACAGCAAUUUGUAGCAAAGGACCCUCAAGAGGAUGAUGAUCUGAAGCUAUGUUCCCACACCAUGAUGCUUCCUACUCGGGGCCAGCUGGAAGGGAGGAUGAUAGUAACUGCAUACGAACAUGGGCUGGACAACGUUACCGAAGAGGCAGUGACAGCUGUUAUUUAUGCUGUGGAGAACCACCUUAAGGAUAUUCUGAUAUCUGUGAUAUCCAGGAGGAAAGCCUAUCGUCUGAGAGAUGGUCAUUUCAAAUAUGCCUUUGGAAGCAAUGUUAACCCUCAGCCAUACCUGAAGAACAGUGUUGUUGCUUACAAUAAUUUAAUUGAAUGUUCUCCCACUUGCGUGGCACCUUCUGCUGGUCAGAACCUAGCUCCCCAACCUCCUCCUGAUGAUGCUGAGCAGCAGGCAGCUCUUCUCUUAGCAUGUUCAGGAGACACUUUACCAAUGAGUCUCCCUCCAGUGAAUAUGUACGAACUUUUUGAGGCACUACAGGUGCACAGGGAAGCUGUUCCCGCACAUACCGUCUAUGCUCUGAACAUUGAGAGAAUCAUCAUGAAACUUUGGCACCCAAAUCAUGAGGAGCUGCAGCAAGACCAAAUCCAUCGCCAGCGCCUGGCAGCAAAGGAAGGGCUUCUGAUAUGCUAGAACAGCGGAGGCCCUUUCCAUUGUGCUCAGAUCCACCUGCUGUUUCUUGGACUCGGCCGUAGGACGCUUCCAUUGAAUCGUAUGUCAGCAUUUCAAGAGAGAGAUGUCUAAAUACAUGUAACGUUUUUCCUAUGGAAAUACAAAUGAAACAUAAGUACAUCUUGUUUACUACCACAAAGCCACGGUGUAAUCUAAUACUGUGCCACUGACGGCUUGGGACUGCAUGUAUCUUACUGCAUUUGAAAAGGAUUGGAAGAUUGGUUCAGAAAAAAGUACUUAAAUUUAAGAAGAUGGAUUCAUGUUUUCUUUAAUGAGCCCGAGGGUUCUGUGUUGGCAGAUAGCCACUGGCACUAGACAGUCUGACAGACUUUAUGGGUUAUUUCUCAUUUUCCUAAAUAAAUAAACCACUGCAUUCAGGAUGUCUGUGAACAAACAAAUGUGUCCAGGGCCUAGUGCUUCUCCUUUUGUGUAAUUAAGAAUCCUUCUGCAAAGGGGAGGAGUCCCCUCCUUUUCCUGACAGAACCAGUGUGCAAGAGCAGAGAAGGAGGGAAGAAAUGCAUUGUCAUAAAGAAGAACCUAGUUCCCAUCACUUUCCUUCCUGUGUCUUUUCUGUAGUGUGCAUCCCCAAGAGUUUGGAGGAACCCAGAAUGUUGUUGUACUGGUCAGGGGGCUUUAUCCAAAGCCCAUUACCAAGGCCACAACUGUGCUUGUGCUGCUAUAGGGGUAAUUUUUCCUAGCAAAAGCUGUCUUCAUGCUUGUGCGCCCCACAAUGCCUAUGGGGAAGAAGUGGCUUAAUCUCCCCCCUAGUUUGUAGCUUAUUAAGGUAUGGUCCAAGCACUGCCUUCUGAGAAGUUAGGACUUGAUUCGGCUCCUGUUGAAAUCAAUGGGAGUCUUCCUUUGUCUGUGAAAACUGGGCACUGGGCCUAUGGGGAGUUGAGACCCACAAUGUGAAAUCAAAUACUUCUGUAUUUUCACGUUCUGUGUCUGUUUGUAUGAUGGGGACUUUUAAGUGCUGGUUUGAAUUAUGAGAUGAGGCAAAUGUGAAAGGUCCUGGUGUAGCUAAUCCCCUGGGCUGCUCUGUAUUACCAAAUGGAAAGGAACAUCCAGGGCAGCCACUGAAGUUUUUCAGAAGGCCCUGAGAUGUGCAAGAAAAUCGUUUUUGCAAUUGGUGUUCCCCUUUCCAGAUACCCACUCUGGUUUAUCCCUGUAAUGGUGAUUCCCAAUUAAACCAUUUAGGGACUAUCCACUCCUAGGAGUAGGAAUAUUCAGCCAAUCUAGCAAGUACAGUGGUAAUCAUUACCAAGGGUUUGAUGACACCUAUCAAAGACAGUCAAAUGGAGCUGCUCUAGUUUUCAGGAAGUUCUCUAUUUGUCCAUAUUGCUGUUCUAUCAAUACUGCAGCCCUAACGAACAAUAGCUCUGGUCCUGCUCUCUGUUUUACCAGCAUAAACAAAGAGCAACUCCAUUCAAGUCAACAGCACUACUUGUCACAAGAGGAGACCAGCUCAUAGUAGAAAUACUGUAUUCCUGAUGUGGCUGUGUUCUCAGAAUAACCCAAUUCCAGUAAAUUUAAUCAGUGAGGAUAUACAGAGUUCACAAUGUAAAUAAGCAGAUGCAUUACAUAUCUAGUAGGUAAGCAUGCAAAUCUCUUCUGAAGAAUUAUUUAGAAAGUAAUAAUGUGUAGUGCCAUGACAAGCCAGUUUGAGAGAAAAGAGAGAACUAAGCAAGAGAGGAAUGAUCUUUCAAAACCCACAAAGGGAGGAUGCAAAUUCUUGGAGUUGGUGACAAUGCUAGCACAAUCUCAUCGUUUCUGGUACAGUUUUAUGCAUUUAGGAAACUGUCAUGCCAGCUUUCCAUUUGGGAGUGCUCGGAAGGGAGAGGUUCCUCCAAACCUGCUUUUUGUCUUCUGUUCAAAACAUACUUGUAUUGGGGCAACUGUAAUUUUUUUUGAAGGGUCCUCAAUGCACACAGAGCCAGUCUUCCUUUACUUUAUUAAUAGUGAGAGAGGGGAUUAACUCUUCCAGACCUAGUCUCAGCAAGCUUACCUGGUCUUUUCACAGCUCCCUUCAGGAAAACAGCUUUUUACGGUUCAGUAGGAUUAGCACAGUAGUAAGGUGGCCACCCAGUUGACAUUUACAGCCCUCUGAAGCCUGGUAAUCAUAGUAAUAAACAUGGGAGCUCAAGUCUGUACCAAUAGUUCUAGGUAUAAGAGUGAAUUAUGAAGAUGGUAGAUGAAGAGGCAUCAGAAGGAAACAGCAAAGUCAGUGGUGAAGUAGAGCAGAGCAAUGUUAAAGAUGAGGUGAAGCAAGGAGAGGAGACAGAUUCUUUAUGUCCCCUUCUCCUAACAACCAUUUUCCCUUUAUUCAAAGGGUACACAGCUGUCUUGAACAAGCUCUUCAAGCCACUCACCUUCCAGAUUUUGAAAUCCAGUAGUUUUAGAUGAUGGCUUUGCAACAGCAAAAAACGGGAAGAAUUGGAAUAUUCACUAGAAAGACCAGCAAGUUAUGCAAAGUACUGGCUUUGGGAUAGUCAAGGGGAUUUCCCAGCUACUUGUGAUGCUUCUGGCAUGAAGUGAAAUCACUUGAUGCAUUUGUUUGCCAUCAUUUCUAAAAAGCUGUCCAGGGGACUUUAAAGCAUAAUUAAGCAGGCUCUAAGUGUUAUAAAUUGAAUUAAAAAAAAAAUAAAGUGGUUAGUGUUGAAACGAAA